CUGCCGCCCCCCCUCGUCUACCGUCUAUGGUCUACCUCACUGCGUACCAGGCCUGCCUUACAAUAUUACCUGUCUGUAGUGUACCACCCGCGGAACACUGAGGUGGACUGGACUGGACCUUAAGGUACCGCACCUUACCUUAGCUUAGCAGACCCGACCCGACCUUACUGUACCCGUGUCCACCUACCUACUACCUCCUGGCUCCUGCUCCUGCUCCUCCUCCAUGCCCAGGUCCCUAUCCAAGAAAUCAUCCACUCUCACUACCUUGCACUUCUUCCCUCCUUCUCUCUUCCUCAGUCUGCCCCGUAUCCAUUAGUCGCUAUUCUCCUCGUGAAUAUCAUCCGACAAGACGCACUCUAAUUCUUCCCAGUCUCUCCCUUUUUCACUCCUUCUCUCCCCCCUCCCCCCCUUCCUCCUGUCUGUCACCUGCUUUCCUCCUCACCCACACUCAACCCUCUUCAAGAGACAGAGUGAGAGAGCGCGAGAGACCACCAUCGACCUCGACCGGUAGGGCUCCAAUUCUACGCGUGCCAUUCGCAAUUUCGGCCCAGAGGUUUCCUGAUUCUCCUCCUCCGCCCUACUUCCCUCUCCAUUCCUCUCUCCCUCUCCCACUUGCUGUCUACAGUCGCUGGUCUCGCUCUCCCUCGAGCAAACUUCCACCCCCCCAGUCAGGCUUCGCACAUUUCUCCAAGCCUCUUAUCGGCUGCUUGCCUCGACAGACAGACAACCUCGCCUUCCGUCGUCGACCUUGCUGAGCUGUCGCCUUAUCGUCGACCUUUCCAUCGCUGGCAACGCGCCUCACCGAAGCAACAUCCUCGGUCGUCACCAUGUCAUCGAUUUUGGCCUGGGCCUCGCGCCGCGUCGGCGGCUUGGCCAUGCUGGGCUUGUUGGGCCUGAGUUACUGGGUUAUCUCAAAGGAAUCAGCUGCUUCUGCACACAACUAUUUGCACGAGGAUAGCCUUAGCUCUUCGACUUCGACCACCAAGGGCGCUGGCAUUUGGACCGAAAUCUACGCCUACUACUGCUUGUUUAUCCACAUCCUCGUCUUCGCUUUUCCUCUCCGAUGCUGCUGGGCUGUCUUUGACAUGACCCGCCAGCUGAAGAAGAUUGCUCGCAACAGGACUCUCAGAGACUACAGACUCUCCCACCGUCGCCGUGGUUCCUCAACCUCCUUGUCCAGCUCGGAGACCCUUACGUCCUCCCACGGUGGUUCUGCGUCUAGCAGCGAAGCUGGCGACAUGGAGCCCGAACUCUACACCGACGGUGAUGCUGAACCCGAUCGCGUCAUCCACGCUAUUAUUGUCCCCAACUACAAGGAGGAGAUGGAUACCCUGAAGGAGACUCUCGAGGUGCUGGCUUCGCACCCUCAAGCUCGCAGCUGCUACGAUGUCUACUUGGGAAUGGAACAACGCGAGCCCAACGUCGAGCUCAAGGCCAUGACCCUCAUUCAGGAGUUCGUCAAGAAGUUCCGCAGCAUCGAUUACACCAUUCAUCCGUCCGACAUCCCAGGCGAAUCUGCUGGCAAGGGAAGCAACGUGGCAUGGGCUGCCCGCAAAUUGAGCCAAAAAUAUUCAAUGACUACCCGCAAGGAUGUGAUCAUUACGGGUCUUGACGCCGACAGCCAUCUCUCAUCCAACUUCUUCGCUUUGCUGACUACCAUGCACCUGGCCUAUCCCGAAACAGCAAAGACCACCAUGUACGCGGCUCCAAUCAUCUUCGACCGCAACGCCCACAGUGUUCCCGCCAUUGUCCGUGUUGCCGACAUCCUUUGGGGUGCUGGUGGUAUGUCGGGACUGUACUCCGGAUCUACGAUUGCGCCUCCCACCUCCGUCUACUCCGUGCCCUUGGAACUUGUUGACCGCGUCGGCGGCUGGGACUGCGACAACGAGGCCAUCGGAGAAGAUUUGCAUAUGUACCUCAAGUGCUUCUUCGCUCUCAACGGCAACUUGACCGUCAGGACCGUCGUCAGCCCCGUCAGUCAGAGCAACGUCUGCGGCGAUGGCUCCAAGGGUCUCCGCGGUAUCUACUCGGACAUGCAGGCUCGUUACAAGCAGGCAAUGAGACAUAUGUGGGGUGCUCUCGAUUCCGGAUAUGCGCUCCGAAAGGUUGUCGAACUCUGGCAGGAAAGGAAGCACACCUCCCGCGCUUUCCGUCCGCUUCACAACUCCAUGGGCGACGCCUCCGACGUCUACGUCCCCGAGACGCAGCUGGACCAACAGGAUCCCGAACAGCCCAGAGAGAGCGGUGUUUUCUCCGACGUCACCCACGAUACACUGCAGUCUCCUAACUGGGAACGCAUCGUCUACCUGUUCCACCGUCUCUUCGAGGCGCACUUCCUUCCCCUUCAGAUGACCAUCUUCGUAAUUUCAUCCACUCUGUACGUGUGGGUCACGGAGGGCAAUAAGGAAGUCGCUCACCUCAGCUGGAUCUUCGACGUUUGCAACAUUCUGCGUACUUUUGGCUUCAUGGAAAUUGCGCUCUACCUCUUCUUGUAUGAGAGCUUCCACCGCAUCUGCGUCAAGUCCCGCCAACGUGAGAUGACCGAGGCUGGUCUGUCUGAGGGCAUGAACUUCUCUUACCGCAACGUCAAGAAGAACUUCAUUGACUACGCAAUGGUUCCGCUCGUUGCCCCUCUCUAUGGUGCCAUUCCUUGCGCCCAGGCACAGCUGUGCCAUUUCUGGACGCUAGACUUGGUCUACUCCGUCAGCAAAAAGGUUACCCGGCAAAGAGCGAAAUCCCUCACGGCAGCCGAAAUCGCGUAACGACAAUCAUUUUCUUCUGUGUUAACUUUUAUCUACUCUUCGACAGGACCUCGCCCUCCCCGCGGAGGCGUCGAUGGCUCACAUUAUUUUUUCUUCAAUUCGACGCACAGCCCAAUUCCAGGAAGACCCACCAAGCGGCGGUUUUUAACUCGAUUACGUGUUUGAAGAAGUUGGGGCUCCCAAGAGCCUCACGUGUAAAUAGAUGAGGGCAUUCUUGAUAUGCAUGGCAUGGCAUGGUAUCGGCAUUCUAGAGAUUUCGGGGAUUCAUGGGGCCUCAAACCGGAGUUCUCGGAGCAAUACGCAGGAACUUGACGAGCGAGAGAGCCGUCCAAGUGCAUUCGCUUAUACGGAAGACGAAGUGGAAACGAUGGGGUCGGACAUAUCCAGGCCAGCAUGACGAGGCUCACCCACCAGCGGCAGGAAGAUGCCGGGAUGGUGACGAAAGAUGACUGCAUCCGCUGGGGACGGGACAAGCCCAGCAGGAACAGCUGACAAUGGGCUCCAAAAGAGCAAGACGGGAGGCCGACACGACAGAAUCCCGGAGCCCAUUAAUUUGGACGAGUCCUAUAAUAUUUAAUCUUGUGUGUACAUAGAACGAUUCAUGAUCAUGGCAAUUGACGCUAAGACGUGGAUUGGACGGCG